ACAUACGCUGACUUAAAGAAGAAGUUAACAAGUCAACGUCAAUAAAGGACGCCGACCAUUAAUUUAAUUCGAAGAUACAUAUAUGUGGUUAAGCCUUCUUCCAAUUGUGAUAAAGAGAUAAACAAAUGGAGACGAAUAGCGAGGAGAAGCUAAGUGUCAUCGAACUACUAAAACAAGCUGCGAAGCUACUCUUGUGUAACAUCAAUCUCUUCCUCUUCCUCUGCCUCUGCUCUCUCCCGCUGUUUUGUUUCUUGAUCUUCUUUGAGCUCUCCCUCCAAACCACCGUCUCUUUCGCUCCCCAGUUCCUCUUCAAACUACUCACUCUAGGGGAAGGCUUGCCGGAGAAUGAUCUAAUUAUCAUAUCAGAAAAAAACAGUGAUCUGAUUCCUUGGCUGAUCCAGACUUCUCUGCUCUACUUCUUUCCCUACACCAUUCUUGACCUUCUUACAACCACGACGAUGGUUGCAGCAUCUUCGAUGGUUUACACGUCCGAGGAAGAACCGUUGGGGAUGCUUCAUUUGGUACGGAGAUCUUUCAGAAUAUGUCAGAACAGAGUAGGAGGUUGUUUGUUCACAUCUCUCUAUGUCCUCCUUUGGUCAACCUCUGUUUUCCUAUUCUUUUUCUUGUUCUUCUUUCUUCAGUUUCUCUCUGGUUCAAUCAACUACUUAUACGUUACUUAUCUCUCACGGGAAUACGAAAGAUUCCACUACCAACGUUUCCACUACCAACGUACGGGACUGUUCGAUGUGGUGGUGGUUCUGACUCUUCUGUUUCAAUGUACUUUCUUUAUAAUUCUGACUGCAAAGUUCAGCAAGUGGAGCGCCGGGUGGAAUAUGGGUUUGGUUGUUUCGGUUUUAGAAGACGACGAAGAUGGUCACGGUAUCUACGGAAGUGAUGCUCUGUCUCUUUCAGCUUGGUAUAGAAGAGGUCAUGAGAAGCGUGACCUCUGGUUGAUGUUGAUGUUCUUGGUCUUCACUCUUGCGGUGAGGAUGCCAUGUUUAUACUCCAAAUGCAGUGAGAGUUCGAGUGGAAAUGGAGUGUUGUACACUGGUCUCUAUGUGGGUUUUAUUUGUGUCGGGAAUGUGCUUAAAUGGGUGACUUGUCUUGCCUGUUACCAUGAUUGUAAAACUAGGGCUUUGAGGAAGAAGCGUGAUAUCGAACAAGCUAAACGUCCUGCUACUUGAGAGUUUCGCUGAGUUCAAAUCAACUUUGCAUCUUUAAAUAAACGGUAAAAAGGCUGAUAAAUUCUUAAGCAUCAUGAUGGCAAAAGCAAGAAAACAUGUUGUAAAUUGGAUUUGCUACUUUGUAAUGUGUAAUGCUACUAUGCUAAAAGAAGACAUAGUCGCUUUUGCUGCU